UAGUUAUAUUAAUUACUGACUUUUAAGCUAGAUCAUCUAAAGCUCGCUGAUUUCUGAACCAGUGGCUUUGAAUUUGUAGAUGUCUUGAAGCUUUCUGUGUUCCUCAAACCACGCCCUCCUCCGCAUUUGACCAUUCAGGCAUUUGCAGGUAAGAAGCUUUGGAGGUUUUGAAUAAUAUUGUUGGUUGGGUUGUGAAUAGGGGAUGGUGUUGAUGAAACAUGUGAUGAGUUCCCAACAGUUAUCCUUGUUGAGCUAUGCAAACACUUGCAUGCUUAUGGCUUCUUCAUCUGUUUACAGAAGGCAACAGUUCUUGAUAAGGUCUCUGGGAGGUGGCAUUGACCAUUCUAGAAAUAUGCAGCAAGACUUAAGAUCUGUUGAGGUUGAUGCUGAGAGUGUUAUUAGAUCAAUUACUCCUGCCCUUGAUCCUACUAGACAUAAAGGCCAGGCAGGAAAAAUAGCUGUUAUUGGAGGGUGCCGUGAAUACACAGGUGCUCCAUAUUUUGCUGCUAUUUCGGCUUUAAAAAUUGGUGCGGAUCUGUCCCAUGUUUUUUGUACAAAAGAUGCUGCUCCUGUCAUCAAAAGCUACAGUCCAGAGUUGAUUGUGCACCCUGUAUUGGAAGAAUCAUACAGUGUCAGGGAGGAGGACAAGAAAACCAUAUCUCGCAAGGUUCUUGCCGAAGUUGACAAAUGGAUGGAAAGAUUUGAUUGUCUUGUCAUUGGUCCAGGCCUGGGAAGAGAUCCAUUCCUUCUAGAUUGUGUGAGUGAAAUAAUGAGACAUGCAAGACAGACAAAUGUCCCAAUUGUGAUUGAUGGGGAUGGACUUUUCCUUGUGACAAAUAAUAUUGACCUUGUUAGCGGUUAUGGCUUAGCUGUUCUAACCCCAAAUGUCAAUGAAUACAAGCGUCUUGUGGAGAAAGUAUUGAGUUCAGAAGUGAAUGAUGUAGAUGCUACUCAGCAAGUGCUCUCUCUUGCCAAAAAGAUUGGUGGCGUUACUAUUUUAAAGAAAGAAAAAUCUGAUCUGAUAAGUGAUGGUGAUACAGUCAAAUCGGUGAGCAUAUAUGGUUCUCCUAGACGAUGCGGCGGCCAAGGUGAUAUCCUUUCUGGAAGUGUCGCUGUCUUUUUGUCGUGGGCACGCCAACAUAUCAUAGCUGCUGAUCCAAAUUCAAAUCUCAGUUGUAAAAAUCCAGCUGUUCUGGGAUGCGUUGCUGGGUCUGCAAUGAUGAGGAAGGCUGCUUCACUUGCAUUCUGCCAUAAGAAAAGAUCAACAGUCACUGGUGACAUUAUUGAGUGCCUUGGGGAAAGUUUGGAAGAUAUUUGCCCUGCCACUUAAUGCUGUUUUGUGAAGACAUGUGAAAUUACUGUUAGCCUUGCCCAAAAAGUAAGGCCUUGUUUGAACUAGCCAUGAAAAGAUAUUACUCUUUCUCUUUGUUACUGUUUUUUUUUUUUUGUGUUUCCUUACAUUAAUGUAUCUAGAUAUGAAUUACCCGAUCAAUUAUGAUAUAGUUUGGCACAUAUUCAUACAAGGAUCCAUAGAAAAUGAUUUGAUCAGAGUAGAGGAAAUUUAGGUAUAUCUACCGGUGUCUAUCGCAGAAGUUGAUUGCUAAUGAAACUCCUCUACUUAUUUAUA